AUGUUGGACCGGGUACGAUUGCACAACCAGCCAGUCGCUGAUAUUCACUAUGUGGUCAGCGUUUCAGACAUUGUGCCCGGUUUCGAAGCAUUUCCUCUUCCGCUGCCGAAUGCAGGAGUUGGUGUACAGUUAUUGUCUGAUGCCCUUGGCAGUUAUAUUCUAUGGCCGCGUGCAUUGGUGCGGUUAUCAGAUCAGGGUUCGGGGAAGGCCGACAGGAAGGGAAAGAAGGUAGCUUCACCUCAGGGAGGCCGACGUGCCCAAGUGGAGAAAGUAAAUGUUUCUACGGCAAAGUCUCCACUCAUUACGGAUAUGGAGGUGGUGCAAGGCCUUACUCAACCGUGCUUCUGGCUACAUGAGUGCGUUAGCGAUGCAGACGAUGAAGCAAUGAUUGAGAUUAAGUUGUCGGACCACCAAUUCCACUACAUUGAGGAAACAUCGACCUUCAUUUCUAAGGUUGAUAUUAAAGAAUUCUUACUUGGGGACGAGUUGAAUGUUUCCAUGAUACAAACAUUCAUGAGGUAAUACUUUAUUAGUAUAUUUAAAUUAAUAAAUAUACAUAUAUGCCUUA